GUACAGGUGCUCGGGUACGUGAAUCCCAAGAAGUUCGCGAUCCGGGUCCAAGUGUCCGUCUUCGGGGCCAAGCUGUUGAAUCUCACCGGGGAUCUGCGACGUGGGAUCUGCGCCAAGAUCAAUAUCAAGUUUGCAAAAGGGUCGAUCUGUUUCUUCCUUAAGAAUGGAAAAGAGGUGUGGGUCAAGUUGGACCUGAAGGCUACAGUAGGUGGGCACUAUAAGAAGGAGGCGAAGCUGUUGACUCUUUGA